UACCACCCCUCCUCUCUCCCUCCCUCUCUCCACAUUCAGACUCCAUUACUUCCACUCAGCACACUGAGGUUUUUCCAGCCGAGCUCACCAUCACCACCAUCCACGGCCAUGUUUUGGUUUCACAGACUGUCCCUCGGGCUCCUGCUGCUCCACCUGGCCGCCGCCAACGUCUUCUUGGACAACAAGGCGGCCAGUCAGGUUCUGACCCGGCGCAGACGAGCCAACAGCUUUUUAGAGGAGCUCAAACAAGGCAACAUGGAGAGGGAGUGUGUGGAGGAGCGCUGCAACUGGGAGGAGGCGCGAGAGAUCUUUGAAAACGCUGAGAAAACUAAUGAAUUCUGGGCCAAAUAUGUCGAUGGCGACGCAUGUGUGUCGAUGCCCUGUGCUCAUGGAGGACUUUGCAAAGACGGGAUCGGCACCUACACCUGCUACUGCCCGGGCGGGUACCAGGGCUUCAACUGUGAAAUUGUCAUUCCUGAACUCUGUGAGGCCAAAAACGGAGGCUGCGAACAUUUCUGCACCGUGGCCCAAGGAAAUGUUCAGUGCUCCUGUGCUGACGGAUAUUUCCUGGCAUCAGAUGAUAAAUCCUGUAACUCCAACCAGACCUUCAAGUGCGGCACCAUCAUCACCACAGACACCCGGACUGUUUUCAGGUACGUGCGACAGAACACAACCAUGGGAAACACUACUGGGCUGAACACGACAGACCUCAACACAAACUCCACCGAGCAGACGACAAACUCCACUGACCUGACAUCAGAGUCCCCGCUCCCUGGACACGGCGACAACAGUGAAAUUGUGCCAAAAGAAUUAGAAAAAAUCCUCUCUGAUAGGGCUCGUAUGACCCGAAUUGUCAACGGAGAGGACUGCCCACCAGGAGAAUGUCCAUGGCAGGCGCUCCUCCUGAACGAGGAGGACAUCGGCUUCUGUGGAGGAACCAUCCUCACUGAAUACAUCAUCCUGACCGCAGCCCACUGCAUAAACCAAUCACGCUACAUCUACAUCAAGCUUGGUGAGUUUGACACGUUGGUGGAUCACGGUAAUGAAGCCAUCCAUCGUGUGGAAACUAUUGCCACCCAUCAUAACUACAGACCGGACACGUACCACAAUGACAUCGCACUCAUCAAAUUAACCAAGCCCAUCAAGUUCACCAGGUUCAUCCUGCCGGCCUGCAUACCUACGCCAGAUUUUGCUGAGAAGGUCCUGAUGGAGCAGCAGGAUGGCAUGGUCAGUGGUUUCGGCCGUCUGGGUGAGGGUCGGCAGGCGUCCACCAUCUUGCAGCGCCUCACAGUGCCCUACGUGGAUCGGCAAACCUGCAUCGAAUCGACUCAAUUGCGCAUCUCCGCCCGCAUGUUCUGCGCCGGGUACCGCGACUCACCCAAGGACUCCUGCCAAGGUGACAGCGGCGGGCCGCACGUCACCCGCUACCGCAACACCUAUUUUAUCACCGGGAUUGUGAGCUGGGGUGAAGGCUGCGCACGUAAAGGCAAAUAUGGCAUCUACACCCAGGUGUCCAAGUUCAUCCCCUGGAUCCGUGGCGGCAUCGCAAAGCUGUCGUUGAAAGAGCAGCACGGCAGCAGGGUGAAGAGGCACCAUGAGCCCAUCAAGAGGGUGUUUCUGUAAGAUGGCAAUCACAGGAUCUCAUAAAUCAUUGCUGAACUCCACCGAGCAGAGAUCAGCCACUCUUUGUACCUCUCCUGUAGUGAUCAAUUUUACCUUUCAGAUUUCUUAUCAGUUACAGAAAUGUGAUGACUUAUCCCUGUUUUAAAGACAUGAGCAAAUUUCUUAAAGCAAUAAUGAAAACAUUUUAGUAACCAGCUUCCACAUCCACUAGACAUUAGGUCACCAUUGAAUUGUGGAGUUCCUCAGGGUUCUGCUCUCGGUCCUUUGUAUUUUCCGUUAAAAAUUCAAUAAUUUACUGUUUUGUCUAUUUGAGGCAGCAGAACAGUCUGUAAACAAAACAUCUGACAUAUCACCAGUGUAAAACUUUGACACAGAUGAAUAUAAUAAUGAUAAUUGAUGUCGAGCCUGUGUGUCCAGCAUUCCCUCUCUUUUACCUCUGUUUUUGGUCUCCACCACCUCCUGAGGGAAAUAUCGCUGUAGCAGGGAGUGUUCAACACAAAAGUCUGAAAUGUAAAGCAAUUCCACAAAAAACUGUCAAUGUUAAACCAAAAAGUAUAAAACAAUUGACAAAAUAAAUGACAAUGGUGACGUGAACCAGUGUGAUUUAACGGUUUUCUUAUCAAUAUUAUUAAAAAUGUGUAAGUGCAAAAUGCAGAAAGAUGAACUCAAAAUAAAAAACAUUAUGAAAUUUGUGUAAAACACAACAAUGUCUGUAUUUGUGUAUUUUUUAUCAGUUACUGCCAGAAAUUAGCUUUUUGAGCUGAAGUUAAAGCAAAUAAAGAAAAACUAUAACAACA